UAUUGCUUUCAUCAAGCUUCCGUGUUUUUGUGAAGUACUAUCCCCUCCCUCGCACUCAGUGUAGACAACCCCCACUUAACCACCACCACCGUAAACUCCUCAAGUUAACAAGUAAUCCCCUUCCCCCGUCACCUAAUGCUUGCAGAGAUAAAACUCCCCGAGUUUACCUCGGUUCGAUCCCGCGGUGGAACACGAUGGCCACCAUGCUCUUUUUCAUCAAGACUCCACGGACACUCAACAAGUCUGUGCGACCGUGCUUACUCUCAAGAAGUCCGAGAUUGCGCUUGCUGUCCUUCGACAGACAAUUUUCUUCUUCUUCUUCUUCUUCUUCUUCUUCUUCUUUCUAAGAAGACCGUCUUCUCCUCAUAGAGGGGGGACAGCUGUAUUUACUACGCUAUUUUUUUUUCUUCUCUCAAAAGUUUUCCACCUCACACUAGCCACCUACAUACCUCGUGCGAUCUCUCUUACCCACGUAUCUAUCAUGGCAGAAUUCCACAUUUACGCACUGAAUGGGGACAUCAUCUAUCCAUUCUACUCUCUAGCCCUCAACGUUCCACGAGGCUUUCCCCGCGCCCCCCCCCCCCCUAGAAAAUUUGCAGUCUGCUGGGAGUUGAAUCGCUUGCUUGGGCAUUUCACUCUGUGCUGCUGCGACUUUUCUAGCAAGUGGAUUGCACGUGGGACUUACUUUUGCAAGUGGGAAGUGGAUUGCACACAUACGUGUCUGAGAUCGGGCAGCUUUCCCUUGCCUUUGAAGAAUGCGCACCAGGCCGUAGAAACGCUUCCUCUGUACGUUUGGCGAACAGUGCCAAGAAGAACGUGAAAAUGGAAUUUUGGCACGGACGAGUGCUAGGAUGCAGAUACCUCCCCUCUGUAUGUUUUGUGACCAUCAGGGUCCAUCGCCAAGAAAAAUGCAAAAAUGGACUUCUGGGUGAUAAUUUUCCCAGAACAACAGACAUCAUUUGGCCUGGCCAUACAAAGGCUGAGCUCUGAGCUGUUGACUCUGAAACUACAACCCGUAAACAACAGGGCUGCGGGAUCCACGCUGAGCACGGCGGGCUCGGAAGUGCGCAGUCAGAAUUACGGGCCCAGAUCGGCUGGCGUGGAACUCCAGGAUUGGAACUGCAGGGUUGGAACUCCAGGGGUGGAGCCGCAGCCAAGGAACUGCAGGCUUGGAACCGCAGACUCUGGACUUCAGGCUUGGAACUGCAUGGUUGCAGGCUUGGAACCGCAGACUCGGGACCGCAGACUCCAGACUGCAGGCCAAGGAACUGCAGGCUUGGAGCCGCAGAGUCGGGAUUGCAGGCUUGGAACUUCUUGGGACUGCAGGCUUGAAACUGCAGGCUUGGAACUGUAUGCCUGGAACUGCAGGCUUGGAACUACACACUUGGAACUGCGGGCUUCUCUCCUCGAAGCUCUGUUCCUAGGGCUCGGAACUGGAGGAUAUGAGCUGCAGGCUUGGAACUGCAGGGCCGGGACCACAGACGUGCGACUGCAGGCUCGAAACCGCAGCCAAGGAGCUGCAGGCGUGGAACCACAGACUCGGGACCGCAGGCUGGUAGCUGCAGGGUGGGAAUGACAGGGUUGUAACUGCAGGCUCGGAACUGCGGCCUCUCUCCCCUCAAAGUUCUGUUCCUGAGGCGUCGGAACUCAAGGAUAUGAGCCGGAGGCUGGUUCAAAACUUAAGGCUGGUCCUGAACUGCACGCUUGGAACUGCAGGCUGGUUCUGAACUACACAUUUUGAAACUGCAAGCUGCUUCCCAGCCCGCAGACUCAGGACCGCAGGCUUGGAACUCAGGCCGGUUUGGACGCACAGGCUCGUUCCGACCCACGCGCUAGUCCUGAACUGCAUGCUCACACAGCAGGCUGCAUCUGAGCUGCAUGCUCAGAACUGCAGGCUGGUUGUCAGAACUGCAGGCUGGUUGUCAGAAAUGCACGCUGGAUGAUUUUUCCACUAUUUUACGUCUCUCUGUGGCCAAAAUGCGCGCAGCAAAAUUCAAACUUAGAACUAG